ACUUGCUAAAUCCACACUUAUUUUUUGUUUAACUUUAUGUCAAUUUUCAGGGUUACAAAACAACACACAACAAAACACAAUCGGAACAAAAUAUAAUAAUCAUUCUAUAAUUAUGCCAGCAACGAACAAAUUAAUGCUCACAAAGGGGCAGCGAUCCGGCGAUCCAACGGAACAAAAGGAACUGGCCGAAGUGCAGACGAUCAUCAGAAAGCUGGACGUUAGCAAGCAGGUGAUACUGGGCAGAGUCUACAAGAAUGUGCCCGAUGCCUGCAAUGCCAUUUGGAAGAGUGAAUACAAUUGUCUGGAUCUGCAGAAGAUGGAGCUCAAGUUGCGUGGCUCUGAUCUGCAGACAUUUAUCCAGAAAAUGUUUGAGGACUUUCGCAGCGCACACUUUCGCAGCCAACAGUUGCAGGACGAGAUGAAUGUCCUGGAUCAGGCGGGCAUCAGGGAACUGCCGAAUGUCAAACGCUGUGUGAUUACAUGGGGCACGGUCAUGCAACGCAGAACCACCACAUUCCCUCAGUGGCCAUUUCAUGCAUUGCCCCCGCUGAUGCGGAAUCUACGUUAUCUGGAGAUUCAUUCGCCGCUGGAGGUGUGCUUUAUUGAACAGUUCAGGCAGCUGGAGGAGCUGCGUUUUCAUGGCCACGUGGAGAACUGGGUGCUCAAGGGCAUUCUGUCGCGUGGCUUGCCCCUAAAAGUGCUACAUUUUGUGGGCUCUCAUUCACCCGAUCUUCAGGGCAUUUCGCAGUGCACACAAAUGGAAAAUCUAAUGCUGAAUCAGGCUGUAUUUCAGGCCAACAAAGAGGAGAUCUUUCAACUGCCAAAACUUCAUAUAUUGGAAAUUAAAAAACUCGCCGAAUCCAAGGAAACAAUGGAGACCUUAUGGCAGAUUAUUCGUGAGCGAGAAAAUCAUUUGAGAAUAUUUCGUUUGAAUUGCAGUUUCAUGAACAGCGCCCAAGACCUGAUACCAUUCCGGCUCAAUCGCUGCCGCUAUAUGGAUGGCCUGGAGCUGAUUGAUUGCAAUUUUGGCAAUCAGGAUAUAUUGGCUCUGGGCCUGCCUGUCACCUAUAAGCAUGCCGUCUUCUGCCACUGUUCGAAUCUGAUGGAUGACCAAAUUUUGGACUUUAUUCAAGCCAACACAAAGCUAAAGCAGCUUGUGUUUAUCGAUUGCCCUAGCUUGACGGAGGAAUUGCUACAAAAUAUUUACAAGUUGCGACGCCAUGAAAAGAAAUCGCAUUCGUUGAAAAUCAAAUUCAAGGGAUCGCCCGACAUUUGGGAGGCAUAUAAGAAGAAUUUUCGCAACUUUUGGUCGGAUCGCGUGGAUGUGCUGCAAGUGGAGCGCUUCAAAAAGGACUACAAUCCGCUGCAGCAUGUUCAGUUCUUGUUCAAGGACCCACCCAUCAAUGUUACGCCUGCCAAAGAGUCCAAAACAUAAGUGUUUUUUGCUCUGAAGAAUAAAGAAGCUCAGCCUGGGUUGCCUUUGGGGCAUCAUUUAUCUUCAGUCUAUCAGGUGGCACAUCGAAACCAAA